AAAAAAAAAAAAAAAAAAAAAAAACGUAUCUCAGUUUCUCCUUUCACACACACCCAUAACAAAAAAAAAAAAAAAAAAAUCUAAUUUGUAUUCAGACUCGGCGACUCCCUGACUCGCUUGCUCACUUCAUCACUCAAGCAACUGCUACAAGGACGACCCGACGCGCUCCCGGGACACGCUCGCCCCGCCCUUGAUCCAGAGAGCGGUCGGGGCGCUCCUCCUCCAAGGCCUCCCCUCCCCCUGCCCGCACGCCCGCUCGCCCAGACCGACGGGGAGGCGGCGCUGAUUGUGCUCCUGGCGGUGAUAGGAACCGCCACGUCCGAUAAGUUAGGUGGGCAUCACCACCACUCCAGUCAUCACAGCAGUCAUCACGUCAGUCACCAUGACAGUCAUCACGGAAGCCACCAGCACCAGUCUCCGUCACGCCAGGGGUCGGCGGGCUACACCUUCCCGCCGCCGCUGCCCUCCAUGGACGCCUCGGCAGCAGCGGACAUGGUGCCCCCGCCGCCCGACUCCUCCGAGGAGGACUCAGGGUACGCUUAUCCCGCUCCCGCCCGCUCGUUUGAUCCUUCGGGCGGAGACGCCAACUCUCCCCCAAGCCCCUUCUACGAGCGCCCCAGCAACGUCCAGUUCCGCUCAAGGCGCCCUUCUCAGUCCUUCGGCCACGCGUCGCGCCACGGCGAGGAAUCCUCGGAAGAGAGGUCUGAUUCCGAACUCAGUCUCCUCGGGGACUCGUUUAUAGGCUCUUCCGGAGGAACCUUCGAGUAUUCCCUCCAUGUUCCUAAAAAUCCUUUCGAUAAAUUUGCAGCUUUAAAGGAUUCUUCUGAUUCGUCUGAGGACAGUCCCCUGGAAACCGUGGGUGAUGCGUUCACAGAUUCGUCUGAGAAGACUCUUGGGUAUUCUUAUCCUGUGCCUGCAGUUCCCUUCGAUGCCCUGGGAGAUGACGAUUCCUCGGAAGAAGAUGACGCCAUCGAGGCUGUGGGCGACGCUUUCAUCGGUUCCUCUGAGAAAACUAUUGCCUAUAACUAUCCUGUCCCAGCCAUUCCUUUUGAUGCCCUGGGAGACGAAGAAGAUUCAUCCGAAGAAACUUCUGGCUAUGCUUACCCUGUCCCUGCGCAAUCUUUCAAUGCUUUUGGGUCGACAGGCUUAAGAGCUCCACAGCCACCAGGACGUUUAUAUGCUGCUCCUUCAGAUGAUUCUUCUGAGGAAUAUCACUCCUCCCCAGAAGACCCUCGUGAAGCAGUAGGAGAUUCCUUUAUUAGUUCUGCAAAGAUAACGACCGGGUACAACUACCCCGUGCCUCAGAUUCCCUUUGAUGCUCUUGGAGAGGCAGAUGACUCCUCUGAAGAAUCAGAUCCUCUAGAUAUUGUUGGAGACGCAUUCAUAGGUUCCUCUGACAAGACUACUGGGUACAACUAUCCUGUGCCUGAGAUUCCCUUCGAUGCUCUGGGAGAUGAAGAUUCCUCAGAAGAAGACUCGGGAUAUGCUUACCCUGUUCCAUUGGAAGCCUUCAGUGCUUUGGGAUCAAGCAGCCUAAGAGCUCCAGGGACUAAAUAUUCACCUCCAACGGAAGAAUCAUCGGAGGAAGAAUCAGGAUAUGCCUAUCCUGUCCCAGCCAAGGCCUUCAACGUUUUUGGAUCAAGCAGUCUAAGAGCUCCAGGUCGACUUUACUCAGCCCCCUCGGAUGACUCCUCUGAGGAGUCCUCCUCAGAAGACCCGCAUAAAACUGUAGGGGAUUCCUUUGUAGGUUCCUCGGAAAAGACUACAGGAUACAACUACCCUGUGCCUCAGAUUCCCUUCGAUGCCCUUGGAGACGAAGACUCUUCUGAGGAGGCAGAUCCUUUGGAGGCUGUCGGGGAUGCCUUCAUAGGUUCCUCUGAGAGGACUGUAGGUUAUAAUUAUCCCGUUCCUCAAAUUCCGUUCAAUGCUCUCGGAGACGAAGAUGAUUCCUCUGAAGAGUCGGACUCCUUGGCAACCCUAGGGGAUGCCUUUGUAGGUUCCUCAGAGAGAACUACAGGUUAUAAUUAUCCUGUUCCUCAGACUCCCUUCGAUGCCCUUGGAGAUGAAGAGGAUUCAUCCGAAGAGGCUUUGGAAGCCCUUGGAGAUGCCUUUGUAGGGUACUCAGAAAAAACAACUGGCUAUAAUUACCCUGUUCCCAGCAUUCCCUUCGACGCUUUAGGAGAUCAGGAAGACUCCUCUGAAGAGUCUGAGUUGGAGGCUGUUGGAGAUGCCUUUAUUGGCUCCUCAGAAAAAACUGUAGGCUACAAUUACCCUGUUCCUGCCAUUCCUUUUGAUGCCCUGGGAGACGAAGAAGAGGACGACUCCUCCGAGGAAAUCUCAGGAUAUUCCUACCCCGUACCAGCAGAAGCAUUCAGUGCCUUGGGAUCAACAAACCUGAAGGCGCCCAGCACUGAAUACUUCCUGCCAGACACUUCGGUCUUCUCGACGACCUCCGUGGGCACUCGGCCAAGGAACAGGCAUCACAACACAGGCAGGGGCCACGCUCCUACUUUCUUUGCACCUGUAGAAUCUCGGCCACGGGUUUCCAAUGCAUACCAGCCGCCAACUACCCAGGCUCCUCCAAGAAGGACCUAUCUAGCGCCAAGCACACCGAGGUGAGUUGGGAGGUUUCGUCCUCAUGAGGAAU